AUGACAGCAACAACACCAACAACACCACCAGAUCAGCAUCUGCCGCAUUUCUCACAAUUCUCGGCCGCUCUGUUUUCGAGACUACCGCCUGAAAUCAGACUGGAAAUCCUAUCCCACUGCCAGCAAAACGAUCUCAUCUGCCUCUCCCUAUCGUCCCAUUACUUCCGCAACCUCACUUCCCCCUUGAUUCCGAGCAAACCCAGCCUGCUUUCGUGCGACCAGAACGUGCCCCAAGAGACCCUGGCAUGUUCCUGCGGCAACGACCGCGUCUCCGAGGUGGUGCACAACGUGGAUGCCCAUCGCCGGAAGAGACAUAGCUACAUAGUCAAGCGGAUAGAUCAUGGCGAUGGCUUGGCCGGCAGCAACAACAACAACAACAACAACAACAACAUCUGCAUGGAAGGGUGGCCCUGCCGAACAUACCCGCCCCAGCACGAGAUGUGCCGACGCCCGUGGUGCAAGCACUGCGCGUGCAUCUCCUGCCCGCUGUACACGAGGCUCCGCGGGUGGAUGGGCCAGGACCGGAGAUACUGCUCCGUUUGCCGCACGUUUACGAAGCGGGCGUGGACGAAAAAGUACAACGGACGGUGUUUACAUGGUCGUCCAAAAGUGCGCAAGGCAUCAAACAACCACUGGACAGCCAAGAAGGGCCAGUCGUACGGCUACCGAUGGUGGCGACGAUGGGGAACCUCGGGCGUUGAUUGCGGGGGGUACGGGGGAAACUAUGAAGAGGGAGACCCGCUGAGUCUUCAGAAAAGGAGGAACCCGAGAGUUGUAUGA